GUCAAUUCAUGAUUUUCUUAUCGAAUAUAUGGAUUUUCAAAAUGAUACAAGCAAAUCAUGUUACCAUGGCAACAAGUAAUAGUAGUAACAAUAAUAAUAAUAAGUAUAAUUUAUUAUUUAAUUCUGAUGGAAACAUUUUCAAUAUGGAAACACAGAUGGAUUUGAUUCAUCGUUUACCACGUUACACACAACUAUUGUCGUCGUCGUCGUCGUCAUCAUCAUCAUCUUCAUCACCGUCAGCAAUAACAACAGUUCUAGGUACGGAAUUAAUUCAACUUAGUUAUAAUUGUAUAGUCUAUGAUGAAACACCAGCUCAAUAUAAUUUACUUGAUGAAACUAAUGGAAAUACAUGCCAAUUAUUAUCAUCAUUAUCAUCCUCAUCCUCAUCCUCCUCCUCCUCCUUAUCAUCAUUAUCGAGUAUAGCAAUGAUUCAAACAAAAAAUUUCGAGAAAUUAUUUCUUAAUAUGAAAAUUAUUACAACAGCAAAUCCUAUGGCAAAAUAUUUUAAUAUUAAUCCAAAUAAUUAUACAUUGUAUACAAGUCAACAUAUUGAUCGUGAAGAAUUAUGUAAUCAAGCAAUGCUAAUGACUGAUACAUCGUCUAUACCGGAUUCUUUACUAACAUGUUGUAUAAAUCGUCGAAAGGAAUGUAUUUUCCCAUUGAAUAUACUUGUACAGACAAGAAUUGGUAAAGACGAUACGGUUGCUACUACUACUACUAACAGUAUUAAUAGUAGUAGUAACACCAUUUCUAAACAUUCAGUCGACAAAGGAAUUAAUCAUGGAUCAUCCAUUAUUACUGAUACUGCAAUCGCUGAUAUUAGUAGUAUAGGUAGUAUUAGUAGUAAUGGUAAUAUUGCUGAUGUUGUAAGUAGUAGUUCACGUUCAAAAUUUUUUACAGUUAACAUAAAACUAAUUGAUAUCAAUGAUAAUGCACCAAAAUUUCCAAAUCCUCAAUAUACAAUCCAUGUUUCAGAAGGAAUACAUGUUGGAUCCAGGUUACCUUUACCAUUAGCGGAAGAUUUAGAUUGUGUAGACUAUAAUAUUGUACGUUAUCAACUACUUACACAAGGUGAUGAUACAUUUGAAUUGAUUCAAUUAUCAAAUGAUUUAAUCAAUAAUCUACCUUCAUUAGUUCCAUCUACCUCAAUUAAUAAUGAUAAUAAUCAACUAAUCUAUUCAAAUUAUAAUAGUUUAUCUUAUAAUACACAAAUGGAACAUCCAUUUACUUAUCAUCAAUCGAAUACAUUAUCACCAAUAAAUCAAUUAUUACCAUAUCAAAAUCGACCAGAACAAUUAUAUUUAAAAGUUAUGAAACCAUUAGAUUGGGAAACUAAACGUAGCUAUCAAUUUAUAUUAACUGCUGAAGAUAAUGGAUCACCAGCAUUUACCGGUGAAAUGAGUUUGAUGAUCAUUGUCACUGAUGAAAAUGAUAAUCAUCCUAUAUUUCGUAAUAAAAGUUUAAUGAUUAGUGUACCAGAAAAUUCACCUGAAGGUUUACAUCUUAUACAAUUAAUUGCUGAUGAUCCAGAUGAUGGAAAAUCUGGUCAAAUUAUUUAUAGUUUAAUAAACAAUGAUGUCAACAUUAAGCCACCAUCAUCAUCCUCCUCCUCCUCCUCCUCAUCAUCAUCAUCAUCAUCAUCAUCAUCAUCGCUAUCGAAUAGUAAUGAUCAUUCCAAUCAACGUCAAUUACAUAACAAUACUCAUACUACUAAUAAUAGUAAUGAAAUGAAGAAAAGCUUAUUUGAAAUUGAUUCUAAAACUGGUUGGUUAAUUAUAAAUGGACAUUUAGAUUAUGAAAUAUCAAAACAUCAUCUUCUACGUGUCAUAGCUCGUGAUCAAUCGAAUCAUCCAGGAUUUGAUGAAGCAAUCAUUAGUGUUUAUAUUACAGAUAUCAAUGAUAUUGCACCACAGAUUACAGUAGAAUCAGUAAAUCGUAUUUCAUCAAAUCAAUCGAUUAUUGAUAAUCAUCAUCAUCAUAAUAAUAAUCAAUAUAAGAAUAAUAUAUUACAAGUGUAUAUCAAUGAAACUCCUGGACAUAAUAUAAUGAAUUAUAAAUUAGAAAAUGAAUAUACUAGUCAUGAUAAUUUAUUACCAACUAUGAUACAAUUAUUAGCUUUUGUAGUUGUAAAUGAUCCAGAUACUGGUCCCGGUGGUACAUUUCAAUGUCAUUUAGAAUCAAAUACAAUAGAUAACAAUGAUAAUCAUAAUAAUAAUAAAGCAUUUAGAUCCAAGUUACAUUAUCCAACACAAUAUACAUUGAAUGAACAAAAUCAUUAUUUGUCAUUCAUUCCAACUCCUAGUACUAAUACUAUUCGUAGUACUACUGGUACUAUAAGUCAUAGUUCAAUUGUUGGAAUGUUUCAAUUAAAUCCAAUAUCUAAUUUCAAUUAUGAAUUAAAUACAAUUUAUGGAUUUGAUUAUGAAUUUAGUAAAACAGAAUCAGUAAAGAUUAUAUGCAGUGAUAAUGGGAUACCAAGUCUUACAUCCAGUUAUGUGAUUAAAGUUAUUGUACAAGAUUUAAAUGAUAAUCCACCAGUUUUUACAAAAGAUUAUCAUAAUUUUUUUGUUCAAGAGAAUAGUCCAAUCAAUACAUUGAUUAAUAAAGUAAUUGCAACUGAUGCAGACAGUGAAAAGAAUGCUGAUAUCAAAUAUCAACUUAGUCAAGAUGGUGAAGAAUACUUUACUAUUAAUCAAUUAGAUGGAACUAUUUAUACAAAAAUAAUAUUCGAUAGAGAAUUAAAACAAAAUUAUCGAUUUCAAGUCUAUGCCAAUGAUAAUGGUCAACCGAUUGCAUUAACAGCAACUACUACAAUUGAAGUGACUAUUGUUGAUGUUAAUGAUAAUACACCAAUGUUUGUCGGUUUAGAUCGAGAUAAUUGUUAUCAUUUCCGUAUAGCAGAAAAUCAACCACCGAAUACAUAUGUUGGUAUCCUACUUGGUACCGAUAAUGAUAUUGAUGAAAAUGCUCAAUUACAUUUUCGUUUACUUGGUACAACAUCUCAUUUUAGAUUGAAUAGUUCCACUGGAGAAAUAACAACUUUACAAUUAUUAGAUCGUGAAAAACAAGCAAAUUAUGAAUUAAUUGUUUUAUUAAUUGAUCAUGGUAAACCAUCACGUUCAGCAACAGCUAAAGUUCAUAUACAUGUAACUGAUACAAAUGAUCAUGAUCCAAUUGUUGUAUUUCCAGUUAAUGGUAAAGGUAAUAUUAGUGUAUCUUAUCGGGAACCACCAGGUGAAAUAGUAGCACGAAUUGAAGCACGUGAUCCCGAUGAAGGACAUAAUUCGUUAUUACAUUUCAAUUUAUAUUCUGGCAAUCAAGCUUCAGUCUUUCGUCUUGGUAGUACAUCAGCGGAAUUAAUAAUUGAUCGUGAAUUAACUAUACAAGAUAUUGGUUUAUAUCCAUUAGUAAUACAUAUACAAGACGCUGGUAUUCCAUCACGUACAACAGAAGUGAAACUAACGGUUAGAAUAAUUGAUUCACCACCACGUAUAUAUUCGAAUCGAUUUACUAAUUUACAUCAUUCUACAAAUUUAUUAAAUAAUGAUAUUAAAUCAUUAAAUUUACAUCGUCGUUUCAAAGAUAAUCAAUAUUAUUCAUUAAUAAAUGAUCAUGAGAAAUUAAUGAAAACCAAUGAAUUUCAUAAUUAUGAUGAAAAUAAUCCAUUAAAUACUAGUUCUAUAUUAGUUGCUAUAGUUGCAUUAAGUUGUGCUAUCAUACUUGUAUUAUUAGGGAUUACUGUAUAUGUAUGCGGUCGACGAGGAUUUCAAAGUUUUCGUUAUCAUCAUAAUAAUAAUAAUACUACCACCACUACUACUACUACUAAUAAUAAUAGUAGUAGUAGUAGAAAUGGUCGAAUGCAAUAUCUAUUACGUAAUGAUAAUUCAUUAAAUAAUAUCAAAUUAACUGAUAAUAAAUUUAAUUGGAAAAAUAUAUUAAAUUCAAAAUAUCAUACAAAUAAUAAUAAUAAUAAUACAAUAUUAUAUCCUAAUAAAUCAAUAAUCAAUAAUCAAUAUCAUUCCAAUCAAUCUAUCUUAUUCAAUAAUGAAAAUAAUCCAUAUAUUGAUCAAUUCAGUAAUAUAUCCUUAAAAUCAAUAUUGAUUGAAGAAAAUAAUUCAUUAAAAAAUAAACAAAAAAAUCAUGAAAAUUAUAAAACAUUUUUACCAUUCAAUGAAUAUAUAUCAUAUAGAAAUUAUCAAAAAACAUUACCAAUAAUCAAUGAUAAACAAUCAAUAUAUUUAACAAUGCCAAUCAAUAAUAAUAAUAAUGAAUUAAAACAAAAUUAUGAAAAAUAUUGGAUUAUUAAUAAACAAGAUUCUAAUAAUUAUACAUUACCACAAUAUAAUCAAUAUGAACAACAUAUAAGUAGUAAUAGUAAUAGUAGUACAUUGAUCAAUUCGAAUCUUGAUUAUUUACAACAAUCUCAUCAUAGUAACAAUAAUAAUAAUAAUAAUAAUAAUAAUAAUAAUAAUGAUCCAUUGAAUUUAUGUAAAACGAUGAUGAAUGAUGAAGAUUUAAAAAAUAAAUCAAUAUUACCUAUGAAUAUAUCAACAAUAGAUAUGAUAAAUAAUAUGAAUAAUGUUACCAUGGCAACAGAUACGAUUAAUAGUAUCAUGAAUAAUAAUAAUAAUAAUAAUAAUAAUAAUAAUAAAAUUGAUCCUAUUUAUUUUACACAAUCGUUAAAAUUAAAAAAAUCAGAGAAAUUCGAUAAUUCAAUGAAUUUAUUGAAUGCAUCAAUGAAUGAUGAUAAUAAUAAUCAUGAUCAUAAUUCGAAUGAAAUAAAUCAAUUAAAAACUGCUAGAAGUUGGGAAUAUAUUGUAAUACCACAUAAUAAUAAUAAUAAUAAUAAUAAUAAUCAGUCAUUAUUUCCUUUAUCAUCAAAUAAAGAAGAACAUAACAAACCACAAGAACAGCAAUAUCAAGUUUCAUUGACUUCUAAUAUUCAAACAAGUAUUCCAUCAAGUAAAUCAACAACAAUUUUAUCACCACAACAUACAAUUCAACAUAAAAUAGGUAAUUGUCUUUCAGAUAAUCAAUCUUUUAUGAUGACUUCUAAUCCUUCUACUACUACUACAUCUUCUACACCUUCUGUUAUCUCGACUACUUCCACUGCUACUACUAGUACUAGUACUAGUACUAAUACUACUACUACUACUGCUGCUACAUCAUCAAACUGUUCUGAUUAUACUAUUAUUAACCAAUAUCCUAAUACAUUACAAACAUUUAAUAAACAAUCUAAUAAUAAUGAUAAUUUAUCUGUAUUCUAUUUAAAUCAUUCAACAAAUAUUAUUGAUCAUUAUAAUCAAUCUUUAUUAUUAAAUGAAUUUAAUCAUAAACAAAUCAAUAAAUCAAUAGAAAAUGGUAAUCAAUCAAUAACACCAAUUAAUUUAAUUGAUUUUAUUGAUAAACAAUUAAAUGAUAAAAAAUCUUUUAAAUAUGAUAUAAUAAUAGAUAAUUCAAUAAUAAAUGAUUCUAAGGAUUCAAUGGAUGAUAAUAAUGCUAAUACAGUUAUGUAUAUGAUAAACAAUCAACAACAACAACAAUCGAAUUCUUCACAUUAUGAUUCAAAUCAUGAUAAUAUUUCAUCAGUUUCUACUGAUUUU